AAAUCUGCGAUUUAAGCACAACAGAACAGACAAAACCCUAGAAGCUAAAACAGCAGGGAAAGCGGUAGAGGACUGCUCACAGCACUCUAUUUCCUUUCCCCGCAAUUGGAAUCGGAUUGGUAAUCACUUCUUUGAACAUUUUGUCACUCACUUGAAACUCCAUCUUUGGAUUUGUACCGUUUUGAAAUUUCGAAGGACCGGAAGCUCUGAUUCUGAUUCUGAUACUCAUAGCUCGCUGUUACAUCCUAGUCCUAUCGAGGAAGAGGAGGUCAGCUCAUUUGCUUUUUUCUACUGAAGGAACAUCGGUUGGCAAGAGUCCAUUUUCUGGCUUAAUUGGUUCAAUUCAUUGAUUGGAAGAGUGAGUGAAAGUAUGAAGAUCAUAAGCUGUACUGGCAUAAAACCCACUUUUUUGCUCAUACGACACGAGUUACCUACUCUUACAUUUUGUCAACCCCAAUUUACUACCACAUCAAGGACAUGGAUUUCAAGUAAUCGUGUGAUAAGAAAUAGAAUCACUACAAAGUUUCAGUGCUCUGUUGCCAGUGAGACAUUUACUUCUGAUUCAGUAGAUUCAUCUUUAUCCAAGAUGGACAGAGGUAAUUUAGUCCGCAAACAAGUUCGUUCCUCAUCCUUGUAUAGUCGCCCUACUCUAUCAGAAAUGAAGAAUGAGAGAAUGGCAAAUCGAGCCCGAGUUUAUGAGUUCUUGAAGGGAAUUGGUAUUGUACCUGAUGAGCUUGAUGGUUUGGAACUUCCUGUGACAGUUGAGGUUAUGAGGGAACGUAUAGACUUCCUUCAUAAAUUAGGGCUUACAAUUGAUGACAUUAACAAUUACCCUCUUGUUCUUGGUUGCAGUGUGAAGAAAAACAUGAUACCUGUUCUUGAUUAUCUUGGAAAAUUGGGUGUUAGAAAAUCUACUUUUACAGAAUUCUUGCAGCGAUACCCUCAAGUCCUCCAUGCUAGUGUUGUGGUAGACCUUCAACCUGUUGUUAACUAUCUCCAGGGGAUGGACAUCAAACCACAUGAUAUACCUCGGGUUCUUGAGAGGUAUCCGGAAGUAUUGGGAUUCAAGCUGGAGGGGACGAUGAGCACAUCAGUGGCUUACUUGGUUGGAAUUGGUGUGGCAAGAAGAGAGAUCGGUAGGGUUUUAACUGAUUAUCCUGAGAUACUGGGAAUGCGGGUUGGCCGAGUAAUCAAACCAUUUGUGGAAUAUCUUGAAAGUUUGGGAAUACAAAGAUUAGCUGUGGCCAGACUGAUUGAGAAGCGGCCUUAUAUUCUUGGAUUUGAACUAGAAGAAACAGUGAUGCCGAAUGUUGAAUCCCUUCUUUCUUUUAAUGUUAAACAAAGUUCACUGGCUUUUGUGAUUGCGCAAUAUCCUGAAAUUAUAGGAAUUGACCUUAAACCAAAGCUUCUCAGCCGGUGUAGCCUUCUCAAUUCAAUUCUUGGUUUGGGGCCUGAAGAUUUUGGGAGAGUUGUUGAGAAGAUGCCACAGGUUGUCAGCCUUAGUGAUACAUCUAUGGUAAAGCAUGUAGAUUUCCUCAACAACAGUGGCUUUUCCUCGCAACAAGUGAUGAAAAUGGUCGUGGGGUGCCCCCAGGUCCUUGCUUUGAAUCUUGAUAUCAUGAAACUCAGUUUCGAUUACUUCCAAACAGAGAUGGGGAGGGGCCUAGAUGACUUGGUUACUUUUCCAGCCUUCUUUACUUACAGUCUUGAAUCGACUAUAAAACCACGACAUAAGAUGGUCUCGGAGAAGGGGUUGCAGUGUUCUCUCGCAUGGCUUCUGAACUGCUCUGACAAUAAAUUUGCCGAACGAAUGAGCUAUGACUUCAUUGACAUGGAGGAGGCAGAAAUGGAUUCAUCAUCUGAUAUGGAGCUCACAAGUGCAGAGUCUGCUUCUGACUUUGAGGAAGACAGUGAUGAGGAGGAGUAUGUAUAGUUUGAAGCUGCUGGAGGCAAAUACAAAUAGCCAUUUGUGGAUAUCUUGGUGAUGUCUACUGCAAAAGGUGAAGUAUCAAUUCUGAAAGCACUUGACAUUGUAGUGUGUUCUGAGGAGCUAGGUUCUUGGUAGAUAUGCACAUGAAAUUUGCUUGAAAUUUUGUACCACUACAUGUAUUAUUAUUGUUCUACAAACCAAAUGAUUUAUGUGUAUAAGAAAUCAUAACUAAUUCAACUUA